ACGGCCGGUGCGAUAUCUUCCCCGACCAGCAAAUAGUGCCCACGCCCGAACGGCACUGCGGUCCAAAAUGAGCAGGGCACUUCUUCGCUCCGUGCUGGAGCUUCGAGCCCCAAUUGCGCGCCUCCCCCCGAGUUUCCUGCUGCCAAUUCGUGCCCGCGCAUUCAACACCACCACGCCCAUAGUCGAGCCCAUCCCGGAGCGUCACAUCAAGAAUGGUGCCAAUCCCUCGGACACACAGCCCCGGCCGCUAGCCUUCAAGAAGAGCCACCCCGUGCCGCCGCCGCAGCCCAUCUCCGACUCCGUCAAGAACCUCCUGCCCUUCCUCGCCGCGCAACCGGGUCACUACAUCACCGUCCACAUCCACGGCUUCCCCUACCUCGUCCGUGAGGGUGACCAGGUCCGCCUACCGUUCCGCCUCCCUGGCGUGCAGCCCGGCGAUGUCCUGCGGCUAAACCGUGCGAGCAUCCUCGGUAGCCGAGACUACACCAUGAAGGGUGCGCCUCACAUCGACGAGCGUGUGUUUGAGUGCCGGGCUACUAUUCUGGGCACGGAGUCGGAGCCCCUACGCAUCAAGAUCAAGAAGAAGCGGAGGCAAAGAAGAUCGAGACAGGCGAAGAGCAAGCACCGAUAUACCAUCCUGAGGAUUUCGGAACUGAACAUCAACAACGUGGAGGACAUUGAGGCAUCGUCCGAGUAAGGCUGGACGGACCAAAAACAUGAUCCGAUGGGAGAAAUUCAAGAACGGGGUGUGGAUGAACGUGUACAAAACAGUCAAACUAGACCUGUACCACCUACCAGCUUGCAGCUGGCUGUACAAUAAUAAAGCACUUUUUGCAAGCCAAUGGAUCCCAU